CUCACCACUCUCCCUGAAGUGGUCAGCAUCUAGGAAAGGAGUGUUCAACACCUUUCAAUAGCAGCCCCAUGGGAUUGUAGCCAUUGAUGUCUCCCAGGGAGGUCUAGUUUCCAGGGACGUGACCUGCUUCCGUGAAGAAAGGCAUGGGCAGCUAAGAUGGCGGCUGGCUGUCUGGACUCAGUGACCUUUGACGACGUGGCUGUGGGCUUCACCCAGGAGGAAUGGGACAUACUGGACUCGGCUCAGAGAGACCUGUACAGAGAGGUAAUGCUGGAGAUCUGCGAGAACCUGGACUCAGUAGAAUGGCAACUUAAAACCAGUGGGUCAGCACUUUUGCAGAGCAUUAUUUGUUCAAAAGCAUCCAAUGGGAUUGAGACGCAGGGAGGAAGCCGUGGUGGAAGGGGGCCCCAUGACCGUGAGCUGUGCAGAGGCACUUGUGGCAAGGACACGUGCCUUACCACAUGUGUUCAAACUCAAGACACAGGGGACAUGUGUUUCUCUGAUCAAUGUGGGAAAUGUUUUACUCUCCACAAGAAAACCUCUACUGGCGAAGAAUUCUCUAUGUUGACUUGUCAUGGAAAAGGCUUUAGCUUGAGUCCAGAGGAUGCCUGCCACAAAAGGAGCGAGGGACACAGUGGGGAGGCAGCCCAGCCUCAGUCCUGCCCUUGGGCACACUCAGGAAUGCUCUCUGGAGAGGAACUCCGUGGAGGCAAGCAGUUUAGGGUUGUCCCUACCCUCCCUACAGGCUGGGCAGGGCCUGCUACAGGGAAUGCCCAUGGACGUGAGGAAUGUGGGGAAUUCUCUAGGUCCCCUUCUGACCUUAAAAUUAACGAGGGAGCUCACACUGGGGAGAAGCCCUGCGAACUUAGGGAAUGUGGGAAACCCCUGGCUCUUCCUUCCAGCCUAACUGCACAGGUAGAAAUUCAUAGCGGAAGGAAACCCUAUCAAUAUAAGGGGUAUGGAAAUGCCUUCCCCCAGUGCUCGGGCCCCUCUGACCAGGGCUGCACACACACUGGGGAGAGGCCCUGUGGACGUGAGGAAUGUGGGGAAGCCCACAGUCGGUUUUAUCUACUAACAAAGUGCUUAAAAACUCACAGGAGGGAAAAGCUGUUUGAAUGUAAGGUGUGUGGAAAACCUUUUAGAAAUUCCUCUUGCCUGAAUAACCACGUUCGAAUUCACACAGGAGCAAAGCCCUACAGGUGUGGGCAGUGUGGGAAAGCCUUCACCGUGCACUGCGGCCUCACCAGGCAUGUGCGAACUCACACUGGAGAGAAGCCGUACGCAUGUGGGCAAUGCAGCAAGGCCUUCUGUACACCUUCCACUCUGGCGGAGCACAGGAGGACGCACACAGGGGAGAAGCCCUACCGGUGCAGGGUGUGCGGGAAGGCCUUCUCAGUCGCCUCCAGCCUCACUGAGCAUGCAAGAACCCACACUGGGGAGAAGCCCUAUGUAUGUCAGGAGUGCGGGAAAUGCUUCACUGGGCGCUCAGGCCUCUCGAAACAUGAGCACACACACACUGGAAAGAAACCGCACGCUUGUGAGGAAUGUGGGAAGGCCUUCAGUAGGUUUUACCUGCUAAAUGAACAUUUGAAAACACACACAAAGGAGAGGCCUUUUGAAUGUAUUGUGUGCAGGAAAUCCUUCAGAAGCUCCUCCUGCUUGAAUAAGCACGUUCAGAUUCACACUGGAGUGAAGCCCUACAGGUGUCAGCACUGUGGAAAGGCCUUCACCGUGGCCUCAAGCCUAACCGAGCACAUCCGAACCCACACUGGGGAGAAGCCCUACACUUGUGGGGCGUGCGGGAAGGCAUUUGCCACAUCCUCCCACCGAGUUGUGCACGUGAGGACGCACACUGGAGAGAAGCCCUACAGGUGCAGAGAGUGUGGGAAAGCCUUUGCUUCCUCCUCACACCUGACUGAACACGUCAGAACCCACACUGCGGAGAAGCCCUAUGUGUGUAAGGAGUGUGGGAAGGCCUUCCGUGCUUCCUCACACCUACGUAAACACAUGAGAACUCACACCAUGGUGUGAAGGCUGCAGGGCACAGGACCGAGCAGAGCAGCGUCCGUUAUCCACACUGCAGAGGAUCUGUCUGCACGUGGAAAGCCUUUGUGGUCCUUACACCUCAGUUGUCUGAUGCACGCUGACGAGAAGCCUUGUUAAUGUGAAGCAUGUGGAAAGCCCUUGGUUACAGCAGCUCACUUUGAAGAUGGACAGAUACUUGAGGGAUGCCCUGUCCGUUGGAGGGACAUAGCAGAACCACUGGGACCCGAUCACCACCCAGUGUAGAAGAAUCCUGGCCUGGUCUGUGUGGGCAGCGUAGAUGGCCCUCACGGAGGCCUGGGGGCCUCCUCGCUCUGUGGGCCUCAGAGUGGGGAGGAGCCCUGCAGAUGUGUAUCUGUGGAGAAGCCAUAGUUCUGAGCCAGGUGAGUGGAGACAAGGGUUAUGGAGGUGAGAGGUGUUGGGAAGGCAUCAUCUUCCCUAUCACAUUUCUCCUCGGUCUUUGGCUGACACAGUGACUUACAUCCAGGAGAGACUGGAGGGCAGGACCUGGGACUUGCCCCCAGUGCUGGGAGCUUGUCUGUGGGCAGACACAGCUCUGUGGGUGCACUUUGGAGAUUCAUGGUCACUCCUGGCUGACUUAUCACCGCUAUCUGCAGUCACAGCCCUACUGUCCUGUUGCCCCAUUGGUUGGCAGCCUGUGGAAGGUGGGCUCUUGGGGUCUGUAUGUGUUCCUGCUGUGGCCAUGGGGCCACUGGUGGGCGUGUCACACUCACAUCCACCUACAGUGGCUCACACUGGCCAAAGUGGGAACAAGAGACACUCUGAUGGUACCUGUUCCCCUCUCAUACCCAUCCUUAGAGCUGGGAGGUCAGGGUCCAGGAGGGCAGAGUGGAGGAGGGGUGUAGUGACAGCAAGUGUGCCAUGUGGUACCCCGAGUUGUGACCUUGUGGGGAACACCAUAGCCCUGCACCCUGGCAAGUUGGGAGUCUCACCAUUAGGCCUUGCAGGCAGCUGUGAGAACCUUGAAUGUUGCCAUUGAGCCAGAGGUCCAGACCCCGAAGCGUCCAGCACUGGAGGUGACACCUUCAGCGUGUGACUUGUCCAUCCGUGUGCUGCAAAAGCAGAAACUCCUGACAGUCUGGCUGUGCCAUGCCACUGUGCUUGCCACCAUUGCCACUUCCUGAGUGUGGCCUUAGGGCCACACAGGCAGCACCACAGGGUUUCAGUCUCGGGGACCUGUGUCUCUGCACCUUUGCACUCCAGCACCUCGGCUUACGCAUAUUGUGCCCAUCAGGGCCACAGCUCCUGAGGCCUCUUGGCAUUUGGUCACCCAGUGGUGGCUGUGAGAGUUCCUGCUGGAGAGGAGGGCUGUGCCCUGGGGGCUGCCUGGAGAGGAAGGCUAUGGCUCUUUGGUGAAGUUGAGCCUUGCUGUUUGUCCCAUUGCCCCUUAUUGGCAGUGACACAGCCUCAGCCUGUCCCAGCUGCCAUCCCUAUUGUCUGAAGUGAGUCCUGUAGACCCUGCAAGACUACAGGACUGCAGGAGGGUGCUCCCAGGAGCUUGAGGGCCAGUACCUGUCACAGGUGGAGGUGGCCCACAGAUUAGGCUCAUCCUUGUGCCUGGACUCCUGCUGGGAGCACCAGUGACAGGACCCCAGUCCCUGCCAACACAUGGCCCUGCUUUCUCCCCUAGAGAAGCUGAGUGCUUAGUCUACCCCAAAGCAAUUUUGGAACUCUUUCUGGAAUGGCCAUCAGAGCUGUCUUCGUACAAGGGAGGACAGUUAAGUUUGUGAACAUGCUAGUAAAAGUGCUAUGUGCCUCGUUGCUGAGUGUUGCCCCAGGAGCUCCUCCCUUCAGCCAUCUGGUAACGGUAGUGAUACUUGGCAGUGAGGUAGGUAGCACUUUUUCUAGGAUGAGUUUGAAAACUUAACUAUAAUGUAACCCUAAUAAAUGUGCCAUUAUGAAAAGUUUAGUUGUCUUCCUGAUCAGUGGUGCAUCUUCUUUCUUGAUGGUGUCUUGACUAUCCUUGGCUUUUGUUCUGCUGUAUGCCUUUUAGAGACAGUAUUCUGGCUUAGCACCUGUCACUUAGUGGUUAGGGCACCAGCCACAUAC